AUGUCCCAAUCUCAGCGAGCUGCCUUGCUGGCAAACCAUCUGAGCGGCUCGCAGCAAGACGGUUCAAGUUCAGAAAAGCAUAAGCAUGCCCCUGCAACGACGCCUGCAGACAAGCCUUUUGAAGUUGCCAUUAUCGGCGGCGGAAUUGCUGGACUGACGCUGGCUAUCGCCUUAUAUCACCGACAAGUACCUGUGACGAUCUAUGAGCAGGCGCCGCAAUUCGGCGAAAUCGGGGCCGGGGUCUCGUUCAGUCCCAAUGCCGUCCAGGCCAUGAAGAUCUGCCAUCAGGGAGUCUAUGACGCCUUUGAAAAGGUGUGCACGAGGAACGUAUGGCCGGAGAAACAGAAAGUGUGGUUCGACUAUCUCAAUGGCCUGGAAGAUCUCCCCGCGGACGGCUCGCGUCAGCACAUUGCCUUCACCAUAUACAACAGUCUAGGUCAAAAUGGGGUGCACCGCGCCCGGUAUUUGGACGAGAUUGUCAAACUCAUCCCAAAGGAGAUUGCAAGAUUUGGCAAAAGGCUUCGGGACGUGGAGAAGGGUGUCAAUGGUAAGCUGAAGAUGGUUUUCGAGGACGGCACUACAGCCGAGGCCGAUGCUGUGGUUGGAUGUGAUGGGAUCAAGUCGCGCGUCCGUCAGGUCAUCGUAGGACCUGACCACCCGUCGGCUCAUCCUGUGUACACUCACAAAUAUGCGUAUCGAGGCCUUGCCCCAAUGGAACAAGCAAUUGACGCGAUCGGCGAGGAACUGGCGCAGAAUUCGUGCAUGCAUAUUGGACCCGAUGGCCAUCUUCUGACUUUCCCUGUCGACCAUGGCAAGACACUCAACAUAGUCGCGUUCAGGGCGGAUCCUAACGACUGGCCGGAUUCCACUCGACUCACAAAGCCUGCUAAGCGGGAGGAUGCUCUGCGUGACUUUGCAGGAUUUGGACAGAAUGUGAUCAAGUUGUUGAAUCUCACCAAGCCCAACGUCGAUAUUUGGGCAAUCUUCGAUUUGGGAGAACAUCCGGUUCCAUACUUCAACAAAGGCCGCAUCUGCAUCUCUGGUGACGCGGCCCAUGCCACAUCGCCUCACCAUGGAGCCGGUGCCGGGUUCUGCAUUGAAGACAGCGCCGUUUUGGCCGAACUCCUCGCCGACAAACGGGUGCGCACUCCUCAACACCUCGAAGCCGUCUUUGAAACAUUCAACGAACAACGCAAAGAAAGAGGCCAGUGGCUGGUUCAAUCGAGUAGGUUCAUCGGUGACUGCUAUGAAUGGCGGGCGCCUGGGGUCGGGCGAGACUUUGCAAAGAUCGAGCAGGAAAUCAAUACUCGGAUUGGAAUAAUCAACAAUGUAGACGUUGGCGAGAUGUGUGAGCAGGCGAGACGAGCAUUGGGCGUCAGGUUGGCUUGA